CGACAUCCCCCCGGGGGCUAUCGCUUACUGAGGAUCAUCAUCGAUGGAGUAGGACGAAAUUGCUCUCAUUCUUCAAGGCACCACUCGAAAGCAGUGGCAAUAAGUGUGAGCUCGAAAUUCAGGAUAUUUAAUUGUGUUGUAAUAACUUGGUGUUUCUUUAUCCCCCAUCUGAACCUUGAACUGACUUUGAACCACUGCGGCAAUCAAUCCAAGGCCUUGAUCUUAACAGCCAUGUGCCUGCCAGACGGUAUCCCAGCUCGAGCUGGUCAGCAAUGUACACUACAUGGACGCUGAGCAGUCAAUCGAGCCAAGUCUUAUCGACAAGCUGCCGCCAGAACUUCUCGACAAGAUCAUCGCCCAUCUCUUUCCAGGCAACGGCAAUUUCGGCCAUCUACUACGUGUCUGCACUGCAUUCUACUAUGCCGCUCUGCCACAUAUCUAUCAGGCGCCCAAGCUCACAUCCAAGAACAUUGCAGCCUUUGCAGCGACCCUCAGCCAUCGAAAAGCGGGCCCCCUCGGCGACUUGGUGCGAAGCUUGAAUUUGCGACAAGUGGUGCAUGGCGCAAAGACGAGCCAAAUCACGCGCCUAGUACGGCGCUCUGCUCGGAACUUGCGAGUCUUUAUGGCGCCACAGGUUGGCUUCAAUCAGUCUGCGUUUCGCGCAACGGGGCUAUGCACCCAGUUGCGCGUCUUGAAUGCUCAAGCAGUUUCUGAACGCGUCGAGCUGUCCUUCUUCCUUGCAGCGCUGAGCAAGCUUGAGCAGCUAGAAGUGGUGAGCUUCCCUAAAGCAAGCAAGCAUACCGACGGCACCCUCAUUGUGCAAUGGCCGCCCAAGCUACGGGAAGUAUGGCUGAGCGGAGCUGUUGACGACCACCUCUUGUCCUGCCCACUGCCAAGCACCGUGACACAUCUCAGCUUCCAGGCUUGUCCAGAAGUGACACUGCUUGGUGUCCUGUCCUUGUUUGAGAGACAAGGCGCGCAACUCACUCGACUUGCAACACUUUACCCGCUACCUUUACCCAGCGAUGCGCUCAACUUUGUAUUGCUACUCUGUCCAAAUCUACUUGACUAUGAGGGCUACAUUGAAUACUUCCAAACCGCCUUUUUCGAAAAUAUCCCAAUGCAUCAUCCGCUUGAGCGACUCUCGCUCGACUCGACAGGUGGACUGCUCGAUGACCGCAACAAGAUCUCGGCGCGGCAUGUCACAGCAGCAAUGGAGAGUGGCCGCCUUAGUCAGCUGAAUGAAGUGCAUUGGACAGUCCAGCUACGUUGGGGAGAUCAGUCUCCGGAGGUACUUGACUUGCUGGACAUGAUUGCUGGUGUGUCUGAUAUGGAUACUGACGAUGCCAGCGACACUGAGCCGGUCUCUGCCUAGUCACGCUGCAGCUGCUGCUGAGGUUUGUGCCCAAUUUCCAUC